CCUUUAGAGAAUUGUUUAUAUUUAGUCUGUUCAUUUGCUAUGAAACUGAUAGAAAGUGCAAGAAUGGCUGUUGAAUUUGUUACCUCUGGGUGCCUAGUUCAUAAAUGUAAACAUGAAUGUGGUUUAAGGAGGUAGAAAGCAAAAGAAGGAAAGUUAUACUGCCUUAUGCAAAUAUUUAGCUUUCUAAUGAAUUACUCUUUAACUAUUCAGGUUUGACUAGUGUCAAACCUGUUAAUUACACUUGUCAGUCUUAGAUCAAUGAACAUAUGCAUCGAUUUUAGCAGGAUCUUCAGUGCUGAUGGUCUACUGCUCCCGUUCCUGCAUACAAUAAUGUUUUAGUUAAUUUUGCACUUACUAUAAAUUGUUUCCUUACAUUUGGAGUUCUCUGUUCUCUGUAUAUUUUAGCAGAAAUGGCUUAUUUAGUUAGCUAUAGACAUGUUCUGUGUGGACCCCCAGCAGAGAGGAGAAAUUGACCAAUGUUUUCUAGUUCUACCUCCUACAAAGUGUUGUCAUGGUGAGGCAGUCUGGCAUUAGGAGGAUUAAAUCAAACCGAACAAACCUUGGGACAAGAACCUCCAGGCUUCUUUUAUAUCACCCAGCAUUUGCUUAAACAAAUAAUUCAGCUUUAUUUUUGGCCGAAAGAUACGCAUCAAGCUCCUGUGAAUUAACAACUAUGUUCCUGUUGUCCUCAUCUACAGUGUCAGCUUUGCAUUGAAAUGUGUGACAUGUAAUAUGAUUUCAUGUUUGUGCAAUCCUGGGCUGUAAGCCAGGUCUCAUGCUACAUUUGUUCACAUUUGUUCUGUGUUACUCUUAUUUUAUAUCACUUCUCUGUUUGUUGCUUGCAGCCUCACUCAGAAGGUCGUUCGGAGGGAGAGGUAGAUGUGGGUUACAUAAUUUGAAUAGCUGUAGUGAGUACGGUGUUUGUAGAACCCCUGUGAACACACACUACUUCUCUGUAGAUACAAACAGCUCCUUGUGCGAGACGGUGUAAUGGAAUAACGGAAACGAUGCCUUUUGAAAAGUCUACUGAGCAUAUUCACUGGAUAACAUGGUGCAGCUUUGAAGCCACACAUUUGCAAAUGCUUUUACAAGGAAUGAAUCCGACCAGAGAGAGAGAGCGAUAGAUUGAUAGAGAGAUAGAGAGAGGGUUUAGAGAGCUGAGGACGUUGCUGUGGAUGUGUGCUGGCCUGGAAUGUGUUGGUCACUUUGUAGAGUUUGUCUGUGAAACACAAAUAUAUUUUAAAAUACCAUUUCACAGUAGUCACUUACUUUAGUCACUGUGAAUUUCAGUAAUGCUAAAAGUUUUCUCUUGCUAGGUUUUUUAUAUUGAAAAUUUUCUGGUCUCAAAUUUAACUUUGCAGUUUAAAGCGAUUUAAAUAUUUGGUGAGAUAAUGAAGUGAUGUUGAGUUAACGCCUAUUUUAUUUAACCCUCUUAUUUUAAUGUAGCAUUCUUCUUUUUAAUGCUGGCAUAGGUGUUUAACAGGCCUGGGAUGGAGAAAUGAUUAAAAGACCUGUUAAACCCACAAAAGAAAAUGUCAGCUAAAUAUUUCAGCUGCUAGUAUUGCUAAAAUUGUAACUUUUAUUGAUUUUUUUCUGAACUAAAGGACUUGAUCUGAUCAGAUAUGUUUUAUUGUAAUCCAACAGCCACAACAGAUAUUUCCAUGUUAUUAAACUUGAGAAUGAAACAAUUGCACAGUUGAGUAAAAUGAAAAGCGCUGUGGAGCGCAUAAGACGUGCCUCGUCACUUCUGAUGUACGGCAGGCAAAUGUGCAAACCUGAGGUAUCUGAACUAUGCUUUUUUGUAGUUAAAGAGUUGUAGUGAACAUUAUUGGGGAGAUAUUUAUUCCUAAUUUUAUCCUGAAAGCUUCAUAUGUGAUGGCCCUAUUUUCUGCCCACAUGAGGGUAAAAACACUAGAUCUAGAGAAAAUCCAUGAAAACAGUGUAGCUGUCUGCUGGUGUUUCUAUCUUCACAUUGAGCUCAUGUGGAUGCUUGGCAUAACCAUUGGCUGAAUGUCAAUGUCAGUAUUUAUUUGAAUACAUGUGGAUCAAAUGGUUAACGGUUAUUUGAAUAUUUGGGAACAUCCCUAGCUUCCACAGAAAGUGAUCAUCAGGUCAAGUGGUGGUUUAUUUGAUCUGACCACCAGCAGAUGGCACUAAAAUUACUAACAGCUCCUUUAAACCCAAUAGCUGGACAGAUUGUAUUGAUUUGUAUUCUUUAACUAAAAUGUGCGUCGUCUUUUCUCUUAACUAAUUAAUCAAUGCAUCAGUGCACCACAUAGUCCUAGCCAAAUAUUUUUAUAUUAUGUGUAAUAUAACAGAUUACGUGAAUCAUUACAAGCCUUAGCCAGACUUGCUUCUAUUCAUUGAUUGUCCUGGCAGUAAAUAUGCUCAGUGUUUCGAACGCCCAUGCACAAUUGUCGCCUGUUUCCAACCGUUUGACUCUUCCACCCAUGUCUGAUGUGAAUAUCACACAUCAGAUUGCGUCCAAGAGUGCGCCCCACUGCAGAAUUAGUGAUUGGAAAGUGAGAACAUUCUACCAAAUUUAACUGAGGCAGAGCUGAAGGCAGAUAAUGAGUACAUAUGAAAAAAUGUUUAGUUUUAGCAUAGUACCAUGAUCUUGAAUGCAAAGGUGCUUGCCAUUGAUUUGUGGUUUUUGUAUGGCCAGGCACCUCUAUGCUCUGCCAGAAUGGCUUUACGAUGACUUACUGGUCUGAGCGUUUUAUUUUCUUUUCCCUCCUCUGCACUGAGUGUCAUUGCGGCAGCAGCAGCAGCAGCUGGCCCAAGCAAGCCGCGCUGCAGAUGCUGCCUGCUCCUCCCCUCCCCGAACAGCACAGCGCAACCAUGGCCUAAGGUCCGUGUCCUCUUCUCCCGGCUGGAGGCGCUCCUCAGUCACCCCCCGCGUCACCAGCUUUCCGUGCCCAGGUUGCCAGCGUGACAUAGAGCUGGGCGAACGCGGCAUCAACAUGCUCUUCCGCAACUUCACACUGGAGAGCAUCGUGGAGCGCUACAGGCAGGCGGCCCGUGCCGCGGUCGCCAUCAUGUGCAACGUGUGCAAGCCGCCUGCUGUGCAGGAGGCCACCAAGAGCUGCAUGGACUGUAAGGCGAGCUACUGCAACGAGUGCUUCAAGCUGCACCACCCAUGGGGGACACCCAGGGCCCAACAUGAGUAUGUUGGGCCUACUACUAACUUCAGACCAAAGGUGUUGAUGUGUCCUGAGCACGAGAUGGAGAAAGUUAACAUGUACUGCGAGGUGUGUCGCAGGCCAGUGUGUCACCUCUGCAAACUUGGCGGUUCGCAUGCUAACCAUAAAGUCACAUCCAUGAGCAGUGCCUACAAGGUCCUUAAGGAAAAGCUAUCAAAAAGUAUCCAUUACUUAAUUAGCAAAGAGGAACAAGUGAGGACUCAGAUUUCUGAACUCGAUGUCAUGAUUCGGCAGACAGAGGAAAAUGGACAGCUUGCAGAGAGACAGGCGCAUGAGCACUUUGAGCGUCUAUUUGAGACUCUGCAAGAAAGAAAGACUGAAAUGUUGCGGUCCAUUGAGUUGUCCAGGAACCGACGUCUGGACAAGCUCAAGAGCCAGGUGGAAGAGUACCAGGGCAUGUUGGAGAACAGCGGUUUGGUGGGUUACGCACAAGAAGUCCUCAAAGAGACUGACCAGUCCUGCUUUGUUCAGACGGCUAAGCAGCUCCACAUCAGGAUUCAGAAAGCCACGGAGUCAUUGAAGACCUUUCAGCCUGCUGCGAACCCCUCAUUUGAUGAGUUUGUCCUGGACACCUCAAAGGAAGAGUCCUUGCUGAAAGAUCUUUCUUUUGGUGGAGUUCCCGAUCCUCCUAUGAUUGACUUGUCUCAGAGUCGUGUAUAUAAUGAGGGCCUGAUCCAAUGGAGGCUGCCGGACGACUCUCUUCCCACUGACCAACAUGUUCUUGAGUAUAGAAAAGUGCCUGCAAAGGAUGAGGAGAGCCACUGGCACCAGACCGAGCGAGUGUACAGCCCCAGCACAGUGGUGUGUGAUUUGGAUAGCAAUUGCCACUACGCAUUCAGGGUGCGGAGCUGCCGCAAUAGCAUUCACAGCCCCUACAGCCCAGAGGUGUCCUUUCACACACCACCUGCACCAGCUGCUGUUUGCUUUUCCAAAGUGUUCGGUUUCCUGUUCAAUGAGAAAUGCGGCUACAGCGCCGAGCGUCUGAGGUUGAGCAAGAGGAAGGACUCUGUGGACAGCAUGGCUGGCAUGACCUUCUUGUUGGCUGCUGACCGGGUUCAGACUGGAAGUUACAUAUGUCUCGACUACAUCAUCGGUGACACAGGCAUCUCUCAUGGUCGCCACUACUGGGCUUUCCGUGUGGAACCAAGCUCUUACAUGGUGAAAGUGGGUGUGGCUUCAGAUUCGAAGAUGAGUGAAUGGUUCCACACCCCCCGUGACACCAGCAGCCCACGGUAUGACCAUGACAGCGGGCAUGACAGUGGCAGCGAAGACACGUGCUAUGAGCUCUCUCAGCCUUUCACUCUGCUCACAGUAGGCAUGGGAAAGGUCUUUAUUCCCAAAGCGUCCCACAACGCAGCCUCGGGAGACCAUGGCAGCCGUGUUCUGCCACUGCCUCAGCGAAUCGGCAUCUGCCUUGACUAUGAGGCUGGCCGUGUCUUCUUCUACGACGCUGACUCAAUGCGCUGCUUCUUCGAGCGUCAGGUGGACUGUUCCGGAAUCAUGUACCCUGCUUUCGGCCUCAUGGGGGGCGGAGCCAUCCACCUGGAGGAGUUCAUCACAGCCAAGCGUCUCACUUACAUGUGAAAUGUGUCUGAGUUGGUCUGCUGAUCACUUACUAUCCUAUUCCAUUGGCUUAUUUUGUCCCUUGCUUCUCACAAGUCAAGAUAUAUAGCUAUUUGUGAAAACACAAUUUCGGUGCACUGCUUCAGUUUCAGAGCCACAUGUAAUGUGAAAAACCCUAGAUACAGUGCCUUUUAGAAGACCAACUAGGCCGGUGUUUAGAUUCUAAUGUCUGCACUUAUACAAAUCAGGGUUUAACACCAGUCACAGAAAUGCAAAAGAACACACUACACCUUAAUAUAAUGCACUGUUUUACAGAUGUCAUUUAUUUGCUGUACAAUUUAACGAUUGUAAAUGAGUACGUUAAUCGACACUAACUAUUACCUGUGCACUAAUAAUCACCGACUUUGUACACUGUUCAGAUUGUAGAAAUGCUGCUUAGGCAGGCUUUGUUUCUAUCACGAGAAAGAUUACGAAUUGUUUAAGAAUAAUUAAGAAUGUUCUAAUAAAUAAUUUGCAGUGAAAUUGAA